AUGAGAACUUUAUUUCUCACCACAAGAGAGGUGACAAUGAAAUCGUUGCAACGUGCUCUGUUUAUUUCUUUGAUUGCUGUUUGCCUCGCUCCAACCUAUCAUGGUGUGGAAAUCAUUGGAGGACACAAAGUGAAACCCCAUUCAAAACCUUAUAUGGUCUCGAUCCAAGUUAAUAAGUGUCCAGGAAAACGUUAUGUGCAUAACUGUGGAGGGGCUUUGAUCAGUACCAAAUGGAUACUGACAGCAGCACAUUGUAAAACGCAGGACACUUUGCAAGUUGUUCUUGGAGCGGAUUCUCUUUCAAAGACUGAGAAAAGUCAACAAAAAUUCCAAGUCAAGAAGCAGCUGCCCCAUCCACAUUUUAACACAGUGACUAAAGAAAAUGAUAUCAUGCUACUUGAACUUUCCAGCGAAGCAAAGCUUAACAAUUAUGUGCAACUGCUCCAACUACCGAAAAAUGACAAUGAAGAUGUGAAACCUGGUACUCUCUGUACAGUGGCAGGAUGGGGAGCGACAGGGCCAUCAAAACCUGCAUCUGACACACUUCAAGAAGUGGAGAUAAGCGUAAUAGAUCGGAAAAAAUGCAAAGCUAUGCUUCAUCCCAAACGUAUGCUUGUAGUAACCGAGGAUAUGAUCUGUGCUGGUGACAGAAAAGGCAGAAAAGGCUCAUACAAGGGUGAUUCAGGUGGUCCUUUAAUUUGCGACAAGAAGUGCAAAGGCGUUGUGUCAUAUGGCCCCCGUGACCUAAGCACCAAGAUGCCUGGGGUUUACACUCGCAUUUCAAAGAAAUAUCUUAACUGGAUUACAAAUAUAAUUGGUGUUGAAACUUACAAUAUGACAGCUGGAGGCUUUUAUUGAGUAUUGUGUGGCUGCUAUGAGGUUUUGCUUUUAUUAGCUUGUCUUUAAAUUGCUUUGCUUCAGGAAGACC